GAACAUUUAAAUCAUCAAAUAAGAGCAUUAGGUACUCAAUUGAAUUAUGAUUACACCAUUUUACUUAACAGUUUUCAAGAAAACCAAUACAGUUCUUUUGGUGGGUAACAUUUUAGUAUUUUGACUCUCAAACCUAAAUGCACCUCACUCGCUGCCAGUUACAUAAAUGCUUCCAUAAACGAAAAAUGAAUACGGAUGGAGAUAACAGUGAAAUGAUUGAUAUGGGGUGGCAUGAGAGGUUGGGAGGGAUGCCUAGUAAACCAGUGAUGGUAAACACAACUGGUUACUUACCUCUCAACUAUCGCCAGUCCAAGGGCUUCGUUGUCCGAAUCCCGUUUGAGAAGCUCGCUUGGAGCACCUGUCUGCUGCCCCUCAGCAGUUUUGUUUUUUGCGUCAUCUGGUCCUUACUCUACAACUUCGAUGACUCCACCUUCACCCAUUGCAAGGUGCCAAACUUCCUUCCGUCAAUAUCGGCGGCAAUCGGCAACUACAGAACGCAGAGGUUUGUGUGGGGCACAGCUAUCGCGGUCCACGCAGGACCCAGAUUUCUGUUCACUUCCAUGUACCGUCAAUACUACAAGGACAUACUCAGUAACGGGGCACAAACAUUGGCUUCCGUCGCGUGCUUCCUUAACGUCGUGGAGAACGUUGCUCUCAUCGGCUUAACGUUCAUCCCGUCCGCAUACAACUAUGCUAUUCACGAGAAGUGUUUCAUGACGUUCAUGCUGACGUCGGAGCUGUACAUGGUGCUAACUUGUGUUCUACUGACGAGGUACAGAGCACAGCCUCCCAGCAAUGUAGAGAGCAAGUCGCUGAGGCUCAAGUACCAGCUGUUAGCCAUCAAUAUGGUGUCCUUCGCCCUGGCUGGAUAUUUCUUCAUCAGACACAACUUGUAUUGUGAGCCUGGGGUGUACUCGUUGUUUGCGCUGUGUGAAUACGUAGUGGUCCUGACCAACAUGGCGUUUCACAUGACUGCGUCGUGGGACUUCCACGGCCGCCAGAUAACCAUCGACCAGUACGGACUCGACAUUAGCUGACGGGUCCCCUUGCUGGGCUCGUCCGACGGAUAACAGACAGCCUCCUCCGGGUCUGAAACUUCGUCCAAUCCGGAUAAUUCACCGGAGGGCGUCGACCCGGAGUUUGUGCGGCUGCCAGAACAUCGGCCGCGGGUGUUAGCCAACUACCCACCCUACCCGACGGCACCCAACAUCUACGUAACAUUCCUGGACCCUCUCAACUACCCGGACCCGCUGCCCGAGUGGUAUCUGUCCAUAGACCACCCCCAGCCGUGGGCCUACUACAAUGUUCUCAACGGACAAAAACACUUUGUCAUUUCAGUACUUAACUCUUGAUAUUCUCCCCUUUGCAGGGAGUAUGGUGUAAUGCUUUGAAUGUAGGCUUGUUUUCCGUUCGGACUUAAGACUGUGCUGCUCCGUCUUGACCUACUGGCUGUUAUUUUUGUUCGGUAGUUUCGUGUAGUGGAAAUGUUUUUUACGAUUUUUCAUAAGUAGUCGUAUGAAAGUAUUACUUGUAGUUUUAGUUGAGGAGUGGGUUAUGGUGAUUACUUAAUUGUCGUAUUUUGGUUUUGUUUGGUAAAAUACGUAUUGAAGUAUGGUAAUCAUUUAAACAUUUUCCUCCGGAUCACGUUUGAGCAGAAUUAAAAUUAAAAUUUCUUGAUGAGUGAUUCUCCAAAAAUGGUAAAGUGAUUUAAGUUUAUAAAACGUAGGUUCAUUUUCAAGUAGAUUACCUAGUUAUUUAAAAAAUCCUCUUUACCCUGGAGUUAUGAAGAGUAUCAUUUCAAUAACUCUUGGUAUUCUCAUCGAGAAAGAAUCUUAACCUCUUACCUAAACCAGGACCAGGAUCAUUUUGACACUAUUGUACUACAUGUAUUCAACAUUUUACUUAAUAAUCAGUUAUUAUUUGAAACUUUAAAAUCGGUGUUGAUAACUGCCAAAUGAUUAUAAGUUGCAUUUCAGAAAUAAAUAAUGUUAGUGAAGCAAAAAAGGAUUUAUUCAUAUUCAUAUAAUCGUUAACAAAAGUAACUAUUGAAUAUGAAUCUUCUCAUAGUUUGGAAUCUCUUGACUAUUUUGUGCAAAUACUCGUAGUUAGAUAUUUUUUAUACAUUUAAAUCUCAGGUAUUUUUGUAGUAGUUUUUUUCAUGUAUGGGUCCACGAUUUCCUUUUGUUUUUGACAAUUUCACAAACUGCAUUCACUAUUAGGAAAACAUUAAACAAUGUAAGGCGAUGAAACAUUAUAAAUAUGUAGUUCAUAAUUUAUUGGUCUUCUUGAUAUACGUAAGUCAAUGAUCUGAUCACUAUGUUAUUCUUGCAGCUUCCAAGUUUGAAUUGUGUUGGUAAUACCAAAUGUUUGUAAUAGUUUUAUUUAAAUACAAAGAUUUUGCUUGCACCUUAAGGACAAUAUUCACAGCUGUAUGUUAAAAGUUUAUCUUAGCUGUUAUUAACAGUAGAUAUCACUUAUUUAUCGUAAUACUCAUAGACAAAAAUACGCUGUUGAAGGGUUUGCAAGAGUUAGCCUACUAUUUCAGUUUUCAUGGAAAUAAUAUAGUUAUAACUGCGGUAGUUGUAAUAUUUAAAUUGUUUACAGUGACUUUUCAUUUAAUGACUUAUUAAAUAAAUGCAAUAAAUGCAAGCAGGUCCUUUAUUGCUUUUUAAAUGCUCACUUUCUGUAAAGUUAUUGUCUUCCAUAAUUUUAACUGUUCGACUAGUUUCUGUUUUGUACAGUACAGUAUCUUUUCAACUAAGAACUAAUCAUUGUUGUGGAGAUUAUUAACUAGAGAUUGUUCCAAUUGGAAAGGUUGUGUGUUCCUCUGUGUUUAAGAUAAGCGUGUUGAACUAUUUGUCGUGAUUAACUUAAACAUUAAUCAAUAUUUUUCCAUUUAUGAAAGUAAAACUAAUAUUAACUUAACUUUUUUGUGAGAUGCAAUUUGCUGAAAUAUUAAUUAUUGAGUAUUUGUUUCAGAGGAAAGAUAAAAAACUGUUAGUUUGGUGUUUUGUUUUAUCCAUUAUAGAUUUUUUUCUUAUCCAUCAAAAUCGGUAGGAAGCUCUUCUCAAAACUUGAUUGCAAGAAAAUAGAUAAACUAAUAAUAAUGGUACUAUUUUACCUCCGUCAUGUAAUGCAAUUUGUUUGUCGAGAUCAGUAGACAAACAUGUUUUGCCGCUGAUAUGGCUUCGUCAGGGUAGCAAAAACUAAUCUGUCAUAACUGUCACACACGCAAAAAUAACGAAAUACGUAACAAACAUUUAGAUAUAAUACUGAUAGGCCUAUCACACAACGUGAACGUAGACUUCUUGGUAGAAUUUGUUUUGUUUUGUCUAUUACAUGCGCUGGAACAAACAUUAUUUGCGAAGUGUGAUAGGUCUAUCAGUAUUAAAUCUAAAUGUUUGUUUUUGUAUUUAUUUAUUCAUUUGUGUGCAUGUGACAAUUAUGUCAGAUAAGUGUUUGCUUUCUUGCCGUUGCCGUGUUUUCUUGCCGUUGCCGUGUUGGCAGUGAAACAUAGAGAUCCACUAGGUAAAAUAGUAUUUUUUUAUCCUAGGACGCUAGGCACGAACCUGGAAUGUUUUUUCACAUUACUUCAGGCUAAACCUAGGGGUUGCAGCAUUAUUACUUGUAUAAAAUCCAUUGGUGAUUUGGCAGGAUUUGAAUCCGGGACCUCAGGAAUUAAAGUCCCGCGCUGUAACCACUAGAUUAGUUCGCUCCCCCCUACUAUUACUUAGUACCAUUAAUAGUCAUUAGAGUAAUCCCGGCCCCCAACAUGGAAUUCAUAAUACAAAUUUUAUAUAUGACUUUAAAAUCUUUUUAUGAUCAUUGUAAAUUGAACAAUGGUUGAAUUAAAGGAUAUAAACAAAACCAUUUCUUUAAAAUUCUGCUUAAAGCAAUAUUUGAAAUUGUGCUACUUUUUUUAUUCGAACCUGCCAAACAUUGGCAUGCUCAUUAAAUGCAACUCGAGGCUAGAAAUGUAACCAAAUCAAAUACUCAAUUAAACUACUCAUUUGUAUGUAUUUAAAAAUCUAAACCCAAAUAAUUCAAUAUCUUUUAUUAUGGAAGGGAAAUUCCUAAGAAGAUCUGUGCCACCCAUAUCAGUACAUUUUAAAUACGUUGUUUAAGUUUGCAAAAUGUAUCGAUAAAAACCGUUUAUGCUAGACAAUUUAUUUUGUAAGUUCCAAAAUCAUACCAUAUUUGGGUAUAUUGUUGGCAACCUCUGGUUAAUCAUUAAAACCUUAGCUUUUUGUUUUUAUUAAUAACAUAUCUGUUAAAAUAUAAAAUAAUUUUACUAUUGUUGAUAGUUGUUAAUGAUUAAUUCUGUUUUCAGUAAAUUCUAUAAUUACUGUUAGUUAAAUCUCUUGUGCUAUAUUGCACUAUUGUUUGGCCUAUUGUCAAAAAAGUGUUUCAGGCAAGAACUUUUUCUGUAUUUAAGUUUUUUAACCCUGAAAAUCAUUUGGCCAUUUUUAUCCCCCUUCAUUACUUAUGUAUCAGGAAAAAAUCGUGUCUGUUUUGAAUUGUACAUUGUUUGUAAUUUUGAUUGAAACCCCUAAGGUGUGAUGUUGGUGGUGCUAUUUGAUUACAAGGAGAUUGUUUAACAACCUCAGUUUGACGAUUUCUGUGUUUAAAUAUUAUUUUAGAUCAUAAUUAGUUAUUUUUCUUAUGAGAUUUAAUAUGAUAAAAUAUAUAACUAUUGAAACUAAAGUGGAUAGUAAACUAUCAAGCAAAUGUUAUUAGUUAAAUAUAGUUAGAUUUUAUUUUGAUUUUUAACUUUUGUAUUGUAACUAUCGAGAUUCAUUUGGUGAUUACAAUCAGUAUUAAAAUCACAAAAUAUGUUAAUUUUAAAUUAUUUGUUAGAAGUUUAUUUCUUAUUUUAAUCCAAUUUAUUUUAACAAAGUCUUUAUUAAAGAUCUGCAUUCAUGUUUUGUUCAAGUAUUCUUGAUUUUACUGAUUCCAAGAAUCUAGACAGACUAUGUAAUGCUUGUGAUAUUAUGUACUUUAUAAUUUGUAAAUAAAGAUACUGUUUAUUAUAUAGAAAUCUGGACUGUUUACAGGUUUUAUAGGUUCUCUUUGUGAUGGAUUUCACAAAAAAAGAUUUAAAAUUUAAACUGUAAAUAUUUUAUGGCAUUGUAUAACUUAUUUAACAUUUUGUAACUAUUAACAGAUUACACUGCUGCACUUUUGAUCGCUUUUAAAAACUUUAAAUCCUGAUUAUUAUUUUCUUAUUCAAAACCUGUGUAUUGAUGUGUUUUUGGUAAUAUUGGUGCAAUAUGUAAAGAUAGCGUAUACUUUUAUAAGUCCUAAAAUUCAUUACUCAUUCAGAAUAUGUUAUUUGAAAGUACAUUAAAUUUAUUAUUAUUUUACUGACUUAAACUUAUUAUUAUUGAAUAUAAUAUUUCCCCAAACUAUUAAAGUUAUUAUUUUGGGUUUUAGUUAAAUUUUAAAGGAAAUCCAAGUAAGGAUUUUUAAAGGAGUAGAGUUAAUCUGAAUUACCUGGGAAAAUUCCUCGACUAAUAGAUACAAAAUAAAAGUCACAAUCAUUUAUCUUUAUUGUUUGCAUUUUGAUUCAAAUGAUCGUAGAUGUUUCAAAAUUUGUGCUUUGAGUGAGAAAAUCAAUAUUUUCAGACGUUUACCUAGGCGUCUUAAGCUUACAUAUUAAUAUUACUCUUUUCCUUUUGUACUGAAAAUUAAAUUACUCUUAAUAUUUUUUGCUUCCAUUUACCAGGAUAAUGUAGUUUAUUUAUAAAUGACUCAUUUAACAUCAAUAGUUUUAUUUGGGUUAAUUAAUAUCAUCUUACCAAAUCAACUUUUACCAAUCCAUUGGCCUAUUUGCUGUACCGUACAACUGGACCACUCAUAAAUUCUAUAUUCACGCCAUUUUUAACUCUGUAGUAAAACUGCUCUACUUCCAAUCUACAUGUUUUUGAUUGGAUUGCAAAUGUGAUGUAGGAUUGUUUAUAUAAUUAUUUACAGUGACCUCUACAAUAUUAGACCUAGAAUUCCCUAGUACAGAGGUCAGUAAUGGAAUCAUAACAAAUUAGGGCUAGCGAGAUCAUACAAAUCUGUAAAACUAUAUCGGUUUUAUUUACAAAAUCAGCAUUGUUGUGUUUAUGAAGUUAAGUGUAACUCUGUUGUAUGUGCUAUAAUUGUCUCCAUUUUCACGAAUUGGAGUUCACUGCUAUCAACAAAAUUAUGAAUCUUUUCUUUUACUUAUUUAUUUUUAUCUAACAGGGGCAGGCCGAGACCAUAAAGCCAUCCAAAAAGUCGAAUUAUGGCGCACCCCAGACAGUUGUUUUUUUGAUAGACCUUACAAAAUCAGUCAUCCGAUGUAAGCCUGUAGUAUUCCUAUCAAUUCCUCCUCGGGAAGAUAUCUACCUCUUACCAAAUUUCCAAGAGUUAUCCUUCUAGCAUCAGAAAGCUUUUCACAAUUAAAAAGCAGGUGACCAGCUGUCUCCUCUGACCUACUGCAGUGCCCACAGAUUGGUUCACCAUCAAACAAGCCCAUCCGUUGUAAAUGUUUCCUGAAUCACCCAUGGCCAGUUAUCAGUUCCACUGUUAAUUUAAUUCUUCGCCUGUCUAGCCUCAAAAAGUCAGAGGCAACCCGUUUAGAAGGCCUAACAGUACGCUUGCUAACCCUAAGAAGGGGAGUAUCAGCCCAACGUUUUCUGUGCUUUUAUUUGGCCCAUGACACAAUAGAGGUGUACACGCUUUUUCGUGAUAUACCACAGAAGGGUUGUGGAUCAUAAAUGUCUAUUGAAUGCAAACAUCUCAAACUGAACUCCUAAUUAUCUGUGUUUGUGAUCAUCGUGUAGGAUUAUAAUAUUUGAAAAAAUAAAGCAAAUUAUUUCAAAAAUAUCAAUGAAUGCUGCUAUUUGUAAAAAAAAUACCAUUAACAAAGAAUGACGCAUGACUUGGCCAAAGUAUUCUGGCGUUCUGUAGUGUUGACAGAAGUAAGCCAAUGGAUUCAAUAUGUUUAAACAGUCCAGAUAUUACUAAAGAGUGUAAAUAGUAAAUUUAAUUUUCUAAGUCAUUGAAAAGGCUUUAAAUACUCUUAAGAUACGUCUGAUUCGUCAGCAGAGGUGUAGGGGAUCUCAAAACUCUGGAACACACGGUUCAGUUUACAUCAAGUAUGAUGAAAGUUCAAUGUGUUCACUCGCUAUGUCUAAAGUACAGUUUACACUUUUAAUAUAUAGUGUGCAUAGUGCGAAGAUUAGGUUAAGAUCCAAGAUAUUACAUGUCGGAAUGGCUAUGUACUACAAUAUUUUUAUUAAUUUGUAAUCAAUGUAAAUAUCAUAACUAUCGUUAGCUUCCGUGUAGUUGAUUUUCAAAUUUUUUAGUGUAUAUGUUAUU